AUGCCUUCCUCCGAUAUUAGCCCUUCCGAUAAGAUUUACAAAAUUAUCAACGCAAGACUCCUGUUGAACCAUGAAAUCGUCAAAGAUUCCUAUCUAUGGUUCCAAAAUGGCAAGAUUAUCCAUCCUCAAAACCUCUUUUUUUCUGCUCGCCGUGAUGCUGAUGAAAUCAUUGAUGCAAAGGGUCUCUUGGUGGUGCCCGGUUUCAUCGACACACAAAUCAACGGUGCUUACGGUAUCGAUUUUGCUGAUUACGAAGAGCCUGUUGAUGUGUUGAAGAAGAACAUUGAUACUGUCGCAAAGGGUCUCUUGCAGUAUGGCUGUACCGCUUUCUGUCCAACCGUGGUGAGCUCAUCUCCUGCUGUAUAUGAAAAGGUCCUUCCCUUGUUGAACCCUCGUAAGGGUAGCGCUACUGGUGGCGCUGAAAUUUUGGGUGCACAUGUUGAGGGUCCUUUCAUUUCCGUCUUGAAAAAGGGUGCUCAUAAGCAAGAUGUGUUCAGAACCGCAAAGAAUGGCAUUCAAGAUUUCGAUGAUGCCUAUGGAUCUGAGCUCAAGAAGGGUAACAAGGCUGUGAGUAUCAUGACUGUGGCUCCAGAGAUCGAAGGUGUCUGUGAUGCUAUUCCUGACUUGGUGGCACGUGGUAUUACUGUAGCAAUGGGUCAUUCUGCUUGUCGUAUUGCUGAUGCUGAGAAGGCUGUGACUAAUGGUGCCAACAGCAUCACCCAUUUAUUCAAUGCCAUGCAAGCUUUCCAUCACCGUGAUCCCGGAUUAAUUGGUGUUCUUGGUGCUGCUGAUUUACCUAUUCCCGAAAAAGCCAAUUGUCAUCCUGCUGCCUCAAACACCUCUCCUGAUCGCAACAAGCCUGAUCCUCGUCCCUUCUAUGGUCUUAUCUGUGAUGGUGUCCACGUUCACCCUAACUCUAUCCGUAUUGCCUAUUACUCUCAUCCCACUGGCGCUGUCUUGGUCACUGAUACUCUAUCUGCCAUGGGUCUCCCCAAGGGCGAUUAUGUCCUCGGUGGUUGUGAAAUUGAAGUAGAUGAGAAGGGUGGUGCCUAUCUCAAGGGCACCAAGACUUUGGCUGGUAGCACAAUCACUAUUGACGAAUGCAUCCGUAACUUUCAAAAGUUCACCAACUGUCCCUUGGUGGAAGCCAUUGAAGCCGCUACUCUCCAUCCCGCUCGUUUGCUAGGUAUUGAUAAGCAAAAGGGUACAUUGAAUGUUGGUGGCGAUGCUGAUUUCGUAUUCUUGGAUGACUCUACUGGUGAGAUUCGUGUGAAACGAGUUUUUGUUGCUGGUGAGGAAGUUGCACGCUAG